AUGACGCGCUUUCGCCCCUGCAUAGACCUUCACGCUGGUCAGGUGAAGCAGAUUGUGGGUGGGACUCUGGACAGCUCAUCGACGGCCCUCCAGACAAACCAUGUGUCCCAGCAUUCGGCGGAAUACUUUGCCCGGCUAUACAGAGACAAUGAGCUUGAGGGCGCUCAUGUGAUUAUGCUGGGAGGAGGAAACGAUGUCGCUGCGAAAGAGGCCUUGAAGGCAUGGCCUGGUGGUCUGCAGGUGGGCGGUGGCAUCAAUGACAAGAAUGCAAAGGAGUGGAUUGAUGCGGGAGCAGAAAAGAUUAUCAUCACAUCGUACCUCUUUCCAGAUGGCCACUUCAGCCAAGAGAGACUAGAUGCCGUCUUGGGAGCUCUUGGCGGAGAUAAGAGCAAGUUGGUGAUUGAUCUCAGCUGCCGCCGCCAAGGAGACAAGUGGUUCGUUGCCAUGAACAAAUGGCAGACACUGACAGAUAUGGAAAUCAACCAAGAAUCAAUACAGUCAUUGGAGCCAUACUGCUCAGAAUUUUUAAUCCACGCCGCAGACAACGAGGGGCUGCAAAGGGGAAUAGACGAGCAGUUGGUCGAGCGCCUAGCAGGGUGGUGUUCUAUUCCGGUCACAUAUGCCGGUGGAGGACGGCACUUGGAAGAUUUGGAAACAGUCAAGAGACUUAGCCGGGGUAAAGUCGAUCUCACGAUAGGGAGUGCCUUGGACUGUUUCGGUGGGUCUGGUGUCAAGUUUGAUGAUUGCGUGCAGUGGAAUAAGAGCCAGGGUGCCUGA